AUGAGUAAUAAUAUUGAGAGAAGCUUUUCUGUGAAGAAUAGGAAUUUUCAUCCAGAAGAGACUACUCAAAGCAGUGGCAAAGUCAAAGUCACUAGACACUUUACUAAUCAAGUUUAUUAAGCAUAAAACUCAGAACAAAAACCGACCAAAGAUGUUGAGAAGGUGAAUGAACUAAUCAAAUUGAGUGAAUAGAUCAAGAAGGAAUUGUUGAAGGUUAAGUUUUGUACACUCUGCAAGAGAAAGUUUUAGAGUAUCAAAUACUUAAUUGAACAUGAAGAGAAUUCAGAAGUACACAAAAAGAUUAAAUAAUGA